AUGGCAGUAAAAGAACUUCAAAAUCAACAGCGAAUGCUUCCACUUUCGAUUUAUAAGCAGGUGAGAGAGCUAGAGGAGACGCCAAGGAAAAAGGAGGGCCAUCCGUUGGACCCUGCUGGGGUGGUACGUUCUUUUGUAAAGAGUAUUCUGGGAUCUCAGCUGGACAGUAUUGCUCAUCGAGCUGGUGCUAAAGACUGGCGUUUACUGGGUUGGAGUCCUCCUACAGUUGGCUGGUUCAAGCUUAAUUGUGAUGGGUCGUUGAUUACACAGUCACAUAGGGCCUCUACUUGGGGUGUGAUUAGGAAUGAUGUGGGUAAUUGGUGUUAUGGGUUUGCUUGUAACUUGGGUAGUUGUUCCAUUCUUCUAGCGGAGCUCUGGGGUGUUUUCUUGGGCUUGAGUCUGGCUUGGGAUAAAGGCGUGAGGAAUCUCAUUGUGGAGGUGGAUAAUGUGCAAGCUUGUGAGCUGAUUAAUCAGCCUAUCACCUAUCCCUCUUCUGCUUCUAAUCUGGUAGUGAACAUUAAGGAGCUGCUUUGA